AUGAUCGGCAAAGAUGACAGGAUCAGACACAGCCUGUCAGCUUCCGAUAUUGUACUGCCGGAAACGCGCCUUCAACGCCAUCAACCGGGCAGUCUUUUGGGGAAUUUCGAAGAAAGCGCCUUAAAUGGUCGACUAGAUCCCGUGAAAAAACUUGAUGGUUUUAAAUUGCAAUUAGCCGCAUCUGGUGCCUUUUCUUCUCCACAUACUUCAUUGACUGUCACCGCCUAUUUCUUCGAUCUUAACGAUAGUGAAACGGCUCCAUCGCCUUAUUUGGGCGUUUGCUCGUUGGAAUCAUUGGGAAAGCGCGGCUAUCGCAUACCAAAGCAGGGAACAAUUCAAGCUACGCUCUUCAAUCCUCAGGGUACGGCGGUGAAAGUGUUCGUAGUUACGUACGAUAUGUCAGAUAUGCCGCCAUCGUCGCAAACGUUCAUACGGCAAAGAACGUUUCUUGGAACGGCUGAGGACUCUAAAGCAGAGAAACACCUUGUCAAUCUCAUACAUUUCCGGUAA